CCUGCUCGAUCUGUGCUUCAAGUUCUUCACGUCCUGGUGCAUGCGCGUCGUACCGGAGCUUUUCCUGCGCGACAUGUACGUCUUCUUGAGCGUAUCCGAGACAGAGCCGCCGCCGAAGACGGCACACUACUCACCGAUGCUGCACAACGCGCUCCUCGCGCUCGCGCUCGCGUUCUCGGACAAGCCGCACCUGCGCGACGUUGAGACCCGCCGGCGCUUUGCCGCGCAGGCGAAGAAGGACAUCGAGACGGAGUGUGAGCGGCCGAACAUCAGCGUUGUGCACGCCCUCUCGCUCAUCGGCAGCUUUCAUUCGACCCAGGGGGAGCAGACGCUUGGGUACAUGUACUUUGGCAUGAGUAGCCGGAUGAGUCAAGCGUUGGGUCUUAGCAUCGACUGUUCACCAUGGGUGAAAUGCGGCGUAAUCACAGAUGACGACAUGCUCGCCCGAAACUGGGCCUACUGGACAACAUUCUCUCAGGACGUUUGCUGGUCUCUCCACGUCGGCAGGGAGUUCUGCGUGCCCGAGCCGUCCGACAAGCAGAAGAUCCCGGUGCCUUUCGUUGAUUCCGAGUUUGACCAGAUCACGUACAUGUGUCCGGAACCGUUCUUCAAUGUUCCGGCGCAGCCCAGUCUGCUAUCAAGCACGUUCGCUGCGAGCUGUGACUUGCUGAAGAUUGCUAGGCGGAUCAUGGAGAUUGUGAACGGCUUGACGAAUAGGACACGGUACGAAACGCAACUCAAAUUGAUCAGCGAGAUUGAUUUGCAGUUGAAUGGGUGGAAAGACGCGCUCCCGAAGGACCUCGACCUGACGCACUCAAACCGGAUCACCGCCCUCCCCCACCGAUUGAUGAUGCAUCUGGCCUACUGGUGGUGCUUUAUCCUCCUGCACCGGCCCUUCUAUCGCCGGCCUCGUCCUGUUCACGGCACAGCCGUGCAAGAUCUCGACCACGUGAAGCUCUGCAACGCCGCUGCCAACGAAGUCAUGAAAAUCCUCGAAACCUGGUCGACGCUCUACUCGCUACGCUACGCGCCGAUCACAGUCAUCCAGGUCGCGUACUCCGCCGGCACUGUCUACACACUCUCGUCUGUGCAGGCGAUGGCGCGCCCGCGUCUCGCCGAGGUCGCCCUUGCCACCGCCGUCGGCAAGGCGGAGCUGUGCAUCUCGUACUUGAGGGAGACGGGCCGCAGCUGGGAGUGUGGGAAUCAGGUGGCGGAUAUAUUGCAGGGUUUGCUGCAAAAGCAGCUACGUGCACGUUUGGAGAUGCGUGCGGUGGACCGCCCGAGGUUGCUGGUGCAGACGCAGAUCGCGCACUCGCAGCCUCACUCUCACUCCCACUCGCAUCCACACUCGCACGAUCAGUCCCAGCCUGAUACGCGGUCUCCGCCGGUAGCGCACCGCCCCCCUGAACUUGACUACUCCCACCCGUCUAUGUCUUCCGGCGCCGGUUCCUCCCUCUCCUCUCCAACCUCGCUGUCAGACCCGACCAACACUAUGCAAUACCUUCUCUCCCACUUCGGCAGCGACAACUCCUCGACCUUCCCACACCAGCCCGUGCCCGACGACCCUGAUACAACAAUGUCGUGGCCGC